GAGAUCGGCGCAUUAAGUUGUCAAAAUUUGUGAGAAUAGGAAGUGCGUGACAGUUCAGUUCGAUUCGAGACAAAGCAGCGAGAUUCUAGCCCAGUCACCAGCCACCAGCCACCAGCCAUCAGACAACAGAAUCAGGCAACAGUGACAGACUCCUAGGCCCUGAACGGAUCUCCUCUCGGGUGGACAAUCGCCAGGAACCAAACACUCACUCGACCUAUUAGGCAAAUGGGACCACGGUUAUAUGAACGCCGAGUCAAAUCAAAUUAAACCAUGCAAAUUCCCCGAUCGUAAUCGGAAUUUCAAUUUCAAUCACAAUCCCCAUCACAAUCCGUAAUGCGACCGACCUGUUAAUAGUUUAAUUUGCGGUCAUAAAUAAUAACACAAGAAUUAAUUGAUUUUCGUCAUAAAUCAAUAAAUAACUAAUCAACUAACCAGCCAGCAAGCCAGCCGUUCAAUCAAGUGCAGCCCGUUCAAAAACAACAGCAAAAAAAUAGGAAAAAAAUCAGAUCGCGCCGGAGCUAAAAUUUUUUAGGUGCCGAAAUGAAACUAUUUACCAACAAAAACCAGCGCAAUGCAAAGCUGCUGCGCUGCGCUGCCCUCGGGAUGACCCUGCUUUUCUUCGGGUCGCUGGUGCUCAUCGCGGACCCACUUCAGAGCAUCCUGGAUGCGCAAUUGAGCUUGAAGCCUGGUGCUCUACUUCACCGACUGUGGCUCUCACCCCCCAUCGACGUGUACAUCAAUGUGUACAUGUUCAACUACACCAAUGUGGACGAGUUCACGGCGGGCAGGGCAUCCAAGUUGCAGCUCCAGGAGGUGGGCCCUUAUGUUUACAAGGAGGUUUUGAGCAACCACAACAUCACCUACAAUGAGUCCAACAACACGAUCACCUACACGCCUAAGCGAGAGUAUGUCUUUGCGCCGGAGCGAUCUGUGGGCGAUCCCAAGGUCGACCGCAUCCGAGCUCCCAACAUCCCACUGAUGGGAGUGACCACUCUGGCCUCCAGCCUGUCGAUGUUCGCCUCCCUGGGACUUAGUGCCCUAACCAGGCAACUGAACUCACAGCCCAUGCUGGAGAUGAGUGUCCACGACUACAUGUGGGGCUACGAAGACCAACUGGUGAAACUGGCCGCUCGCUUUGUGCCCAGCUGGAUUGACUUUGACAGCUUUGGCAUCAUGGAGAAGCUCUUUCGGGAGGGAAAUGAGAGCAAUGUGUUCAACAUGAACCUGCCGGAACGCAAGGACAACUACGGGGUGAAGCUGCCGGAUUCUCCGCGUGGCUACACCGUGGACAGCAUCAAUGGAGAGCGCGGAUUCAAGCGUUGGCAGUACGACGAGGAGACCAAUGGCACCAUGUGCAAUCGGAUCUGGGGCAGCCAUGACGCCACCCUCUUCCCACUGGACAUGGACGAGAACGACGAGUUCUUCCUGUACAGGCGCACCUUCUGCCGCCGCCUGCCCGUGAAGUUCAACCGCACCACCAGCUACAAUGGCCUCGAUGCCUUCGAGUUCGUGAUGGAGCCGGACUCCUUCGACAGCGAGCUGGACAACGCCAACUCCUCGUGCUACUGCAAGAACAAUCGCUGCCUCAAGAAGGGCGUUGGCAGCGUCUCACCCUGCUACUACAAUAUUCCUUUAGCCAUUACGUAUCCGCAUUUUAUGCACGCCGAUCCCAGUUUGCUGGAGCCAUUUGAAGGGCUCCAGCCGAACGAGUCGCGCUUCACCUCCACCUUCGUGGUCCAACCGCAACUGGGAGCUCCGAUGCAGGGCACCCAUUUGAGGUUGCAGGCCAACCAGGUGGUUGGCAAGGUGAGUUUCAACCGAAUGAUGGCGCCCUUCGAGAACAUGAUCCUACCGCUGCUGUGGGUGGACCUCAACAUCGACGUGCUGUGCCUGAGCCUGCGGCUGCUCAUCCACGGCAUCAAGUGGGGCUUCCCGCUGCUGCAGUGGAGCGCCGCCCUGGGAAUGCUGCUGGCCGGCGUUUACCAACUGUGCAGCGCCCUCAUGCUCUGCUUCUGGCCCCCCACCAAGCAGUUCCAGAAGGUGGACCAGGCGGAGCGGGGCACGGCCGUGCAGUUGAUCGGCGUUGGCCUCAGCCUGGCCAGCGGGCUGCGGAAGCCUUCGCUUCCGCUGGAGCCGGAGGAGCAGCUCCAGCUGCUCUUCGGCGCCGGCAGCUUCAAGCCCAAGCUGGUCAAGGCGUAACCCAGGAUCGAAUUUGGAUCGGAAUGCUUACCUCAACUCAAGAAGGGGCAACACUGUGAUAUUUAGGCUUAAGAUUCGGUGUAAAUUAUUGUGCUCGUCGGAAACAACUUAGGGAACGUCCGUGCCUACGUACUAGUUAACGAUAAUGAUAACAAUAAGCUAGGGCUACACUUAAAGUGGUAACAGUAAGCAAUGUACAGCUGAGCUUGCACUCGAUAAAUACAGGUCGAUAGCUAUAUGUACUAUA